AUGACUACUCCCGCCGCCUCUGGUAGGCAGCCAAAUGAGUUGUUCGAGUUCGCUUUCCGCCUCGGUACAAGUGACGGCAAAGCCUGGCCUGAAGAGCAGUACAGGGGUACCGAGAGGCUUGAUCCUGAAGGAUCCGAAGAAGAGAAGCAGAAAUACCAUGAGUAUCGCCUCAAGCUCGCCGGUCUGCUGCGCGACCAGAUUUUGGUGUACCAGGAUCCCAAAAGCAGAGGCCGUACCUAUAUUCUAAAGGAGCUCCCAGAGCAUUACCACAUCCGGAGGAAGAAGAGGUCGAAAGAAGGAAAGGACAAGAAGGACAAGGACGUAUUUGAUUUUUACAUCUAUGGGCAUCCUACCAGUGAUAGGAGCGGCAACCCCAGAUGUCAUAAUUCACCAAAUGAUUUUUUCCCUCAUCUACUGUGGUUGAUCAGUGGCGCCAAGGACAAGUCUUACUGCAGUUGCAAGCUUUGCAAUAAGACGAAGAAGCCGGAGCCAGAGUUGCUAAAGAAGAGAAUCGCCGUGCCACCGGACCCAGAGCCUGCACCUGUCCCUGCACCUGUCCCUGCACCUGUACCUGCAACUGUAUCUGCACCAGCUCCUAUAUCUGCUACGUCCGCCGCGCCACAGUCAACAUCGAUGCGGAGAACGGCGUCAGCUUCCUCAACAACCCCCAAAGCUGCAGCAAAGCCUGCAAGCCAACCGCAACCAGCACCCACUGUUCAGCAGAGCACCACACCUAUUCCUGUGCCUGUGAUUCCAGGUCAGCAUCAACUUCAACCUCGGCCUACGCCGCAACCUCAGCCUCAGGCAGCUAGGGCUCCUGCUCCAACGUCGACGGUUCCGGUUCCGGUUCCGGUUCCGACGUCGACGGCUUCUGCUCCAGCCUCGACUGCUCCUCAAGAUGAGGCUGCUAUCUUCAGGGAAGGGGAGAUCGUCUGGUACAAGCACAACAACGCGUGGCGGAUCGGCAUCGUCCUCAAAGCUGCCCCCGCAAACCCAGCUACUGCUACGCCGGCAAAAUGCCUCGUUAAGCCUCUUGCCCAUGCCGCAUUACAGAUUGACAACGUUUUGAAGAGCGAUACUGAUAUGCGGCCCUUCCUGGCGUUCAGUGUUCCACCUGUGAACACGAAGGAGAUACGAGGCCGCCGGAUGCAUGAAGUCAACUGGCAGCAGAUGCAAGCUCACCUUGCUGGCGAUGAUAGACAGAAGCAAGAGUUCAUUGGACUUGAAGCGUCUAAGAUGGCAGUCGUUGAAAUCGAUCAAUCAUACUCCACGUUCAACACCAUCCCCGAGCCACCCAAUUCCCCGAGACAAAGAGUCGGCGGCCUGUUUCUGGGUGCUGAACGCAUUGCAGUCAAUGAAGCCGUUCGAGUACGUCUUAGUCCCACUGAGAUCAACCCACAAUGGGGAAAGACCGCUCCGAUCGUUAUGGCUCUGCGCGACAUCUACGUUGCUGCUGAUGGUUUGCAUGUCGUGGGUGAUGUGUACAUCCUUAAUGAGACUGUCAUUCAGCAGCCCAGUCCGCAAGUUCAAUUGCCUGCUGCGAUGCUGCGAGAGCAGGCGUUCCGUAAUGAGAUCAGGAAGCCCCUUGGAACACGUUACGACUGGGUAUGCAUUCAGCAGAACCAGGACAAGCGCGAGGACUCGAUACGUGGCCGGUUCUACGAAACAUCAAAGUUGAUGCCCAUCCUUGAUGCUGAACGGUUCAAGGUGGCGCUAGAGAGGGGUAUCGUGGAGGACGUGCAGAACUACUUGAACAACCGCCUGGACUCCAGCGGCACGUACAUGGGCAGGAGGAAAAAUCGACUUGAAACCUUGUCAACGUCUGUUCCCGAGAACUUCUUUCUGAGCCUUGGUCCACACGUCGUUGAGGAUUAA